AUGCGCGGGUUUUUGCUGUCUGCCGGUUAUGCGAGAUUGAUUGUCAGGUUCAUUUUUCACAAUUUCCUUGAGAUUCAUCAAAGUUUUCUUAAUUUUCAGAGGUUUUUCUACUCGAAAAAUGACCAAGAUUCAAGGAGGAGAUGUUGUCGAAAUGCAAGGAGACGAGAUGACCAGAAUCAUCUGGGAUCUCAUCAAAGAAAAGCUUAUCUUGCCAUACGUUGACUUGAACUUGCAUUUUUACGAUUUGGGAAUUGAGAAUCGUGAUGCCACCAACGAUCAAGUCACAAUUGAUGCUGCUGAAGCCACUUUGAAAUACAAUGUUGCUGUUAAAUGCGCCACAAUUACACCAGAUGAGGCAAGAGUUGAAGAAUUCAAGCUCAAGAAAAUGUGGAAAUCACCAAAUGGAACAAUCCGUAACAUUUUGGGAGGAACUGUUUUCCGUGAGCCAAUUAUUGUUAGCAAUGUUCCAAGAUUGGUUAACACUUGGACAAAACCAAUUAUUAUUGGAAGACAUGCUCAUGCUGAUCAAUACAAGGCUACCGAUUUUGUUGUUCCAUCCGCUGGAAAACUCGAAAUCAAAUUUGUUUCUGCUGAUGGAACACAAACCAUUCAAGAAACUGUUUAUGACUUCAAAGGACCAGGUGUCUCACUUUCAAUGUAUAAUACUGAUGAAUCGAUCCGUGAUUUCGCUCAUGCUUCAUUCAAAUAUGCUCUUUCCCGUAAAUACCCACUCUACCUUUCAACCAAAAAUACCAUUUUGAAGAAAUAUGAUGGAAGAUUCAAGGAUAUUUUCGCCGAAAUCUAUCCAGUAAGUGUUUUUUUGUUUUUGAAAAAAAUCUGCCAAAUUUUUUAAUAAUGCUUUUUGUAUUUGAAAGAUAAGAUAAGAGGCGUUAUUGUUCUCGAAAAACUGUCAAAAAGAUUAGAAAUGGAACUCCGCCCACUUUCUAUGCGGCAUGGUUUUGAGAAGAGAAAUUUGGCAAUCUGUAAAAGAAAUAAGCGGGAAACUCGAAAAGAGUUCAAAAUCUGAAAUUCCUUAUAGAAAAAAACAUAAGAACUUUCAUAAAAUAAUAAAAAUUUAUGACAAAAACAAAAAUCAAUACUAAAAUCAACAUUUUCAGCAAUACGAAGGUGAAUUCAAAGCAGCCGGAAUCUGGUAUGAACACCGUCUUAUCGAUGAUAUGGUUGCUCAAGCCAUGAAAUCCGAUGGUGGUUUUGUUUGGGCAUGCAAAAAUUAUGAUGGAGAUGUUCAAUCGGAUUCAGUUGCUCAAGGAUAUGGAUCCCUUGGAUUGAUGACAUCAGUUUUGGUUUGUCCAGAUGGAAAAACUGUUGAAGCUGAAGCUGCUCACGGAACUGUUACUAGACAUUAUAGACAACAUCAAAAAGGACAAGAAACAUCUACUAACCCAAUUGGUAAGCGGUUUGUUAUUAUUUUCACAAAAACAUUGGAAAAAUUACUUGUUUUGUGUGUUUUCUCCAAAUACAAAUAUCUCGGAUGUUUCUAAACCUGUCCUUCACAAAUUUGAAUUUCACAAAAAGUUUUUGAAUGCCAAUUUGAUUUUCUUAUCAAAAAGUUUGAUCUCUUUCAAGUCGACUCAAAAGUGUUGACCUAAUUUUUGAAGGUUUGUACUUCAGAAAUCUUUUCCUUCGGCAUGAUAAAUUGGAAAAUGAAAAUUAAAAAAUGUUGAAAAUUCUAAACGUGAACCUGAGCUUUUCCAACUCAUUUUUAGAUUCGAAUUUUCAGAUUUUUAGAGAUUUUUUCAAUAAAUAGUUUUUAAAAAAAUUUAGAGAAGUUAUCAAAAUUAUUCGAAGAAAAAUUAGACUCGUAUUUUUUCAGCUUCAAUUUUCGCAUGGUCUCGUGGUCUUUCACACCGUGCUCAACUCGACAAUAAUGCACAACUCGCCACAUUUGCCUCAAAUCUCGAAGCAACUUGUAUCGAAACAAUGCAAGCCGGAUUCUUGACAAAAGAUUUGGCAAUUUGCAUCAAAGGAAUGGCUGGAGUAACAAGAAGCGAUUAUUUGAACACAUUUGAAUUUUUGGACAAAUUGGCUGAAAAUUUGGCCAAGAAACAAGCUUUGUAA